AUGAGCGGCGAAACCGUACCGGUAGAGGAAGCAGAAGCGAUGGAUUCGUCCGUCGUAGAUGCCGACAUAGAUGGAGAAGCAGCAGUGAGGAUUGUUGAUGGGAUAGGGUCCUUUGGCGCAAUUGAAUUUUCUUCCCUGAUAGCCAAGGACGUCCUUACGACGAAGUUCACAAGCCUACAGGAAGCUUAUGACUACUACAACGAAUAUGGUCGCAUCAAGGGAUUUUUGGUCAGGAGGUCCAAGGUGGGUUGCAGAACAAAGCAGGGGGCGGAGGGCGAAAUCAUUUGGCAGAUAUUCGUGUGCUCGAGGGAAGGAGAGCGAUACGGGAAACACAUGCAACGGGAAGACAGGAAGAUGGAUCCUCGACCGAUCACGCGGUGUGGGUGUGAAGCCCGGAUUAAGGUCCACGUUGAUGAUGCCAGCAGGCGAUGGUUUGUUGAACAAUUCUUCGAUAACCAUAAUCAUCCCAUGCUGGAUGCGAGGUUUAGGGGUCUGUCGCGGUCACACAGAGCAGUCAAGGAAGGUGAUUUGCACCAAAUCAAUUCCAUGAGGAAAUCUGGGAUGCGGGUGCCGACAAUUUUCGGUGCCUUUGCCAAUCAGUCAGGGGGAUUCGAGACUGUUGGGUUCGAGAUAAAGGAUAUAUAUAAUGCGAUAGAGAAGCAAAGGCGGGCUGGCGCGAUAGAUGCUGAGGCUGCGUUGAAGUUCUUGGGAACUUUAAGGACCACUGAUUCGGGGAUGUCCUGGGUUUUGAUGCAACGUACGGUCGUAACAAAUACAAGUGCCAUUUGGUAA